AUGACAGCUAUGGGGCGGCACGCUGGUGCCGUAGGUAGCGCUGUCGCCUCACAGCUAGAAGUUGAUGUGACUCUGGAUCCUGAUACAGCUCAUCCAAACCUCAUCCUGUCUGAUAAUGGAAAAGAAGCGACUCAUGGAAACACAAGACAGAAUCUCCCUGACAACCCAGAGAGGUUUGAUUACUGUCCCUGUGCCCUGGGAAAGGAAGGUUUCUCCUCAGGGAGAUUUUACUAUGAGGUUCAGGUAAGUGGGAAGACCGAGUGGGAUUUAGGAGUGGCCAGAGAGUCCAUUAACAGAAAGGGAAAUAUUGAACUGAGCCCUGAGAGUGGAUACUGGACUGUGUGGCUGAGGAAUGGGAAGAGGUAUGAGGCCAAUGCAAGUCCCUCUGUCCUCCUCUCUCUGAGACAGAAACUCCAGAAGGUGGGGGUGUUUGUGGAUUAUGAGGAGGGUGUGGUCUCCUUUUAUGAUGUGGAGGCCAUGUCUCAUAUCUACUCUUUCACUGGUCAGACUUUCACUGAAACACUCUAUCCAUACUUCUGUCCCUCUCUUAAUUAUAGAGGCAAAAACUCAGCUCCACCGAGUAUCACUCCUAUAAGCCAAAAUGAAUGA